AUGACGAAGUACGAACUGAAGCUGCAGUACUUUGACGAGUGGAUGAUGCGGUGGCGGAAGUUCCAGACGGAUUCCGAUUGGGAGAUUGAGACGAACCGCCAGUGGUGGCGGCGGUGCAACAUGGCCCUCUCCGGGGCGUUGCUGGGGGCGCUGGUGCUCUACACCGCGGGGACGGCCACGCUGAAGCGGCAGUACGGCCUCCCCCACUUCUUCGACGUUGGCGUGGAUGCGCAGGUGAAGCAGACGGUGCUGCAGACGUUGACCUCGCGCUGGCGGUACACGCCGCAGGGCUACGGCCGCUUGAUUUUCACCGGGGUGCCCACCUACCUGCUCUUCGUUUCACUCGAGCACCACCAGGAGAAGCGGCGCAUGCAGCGGUACGUUGAGCAGAACACGGUGUUUGGGGAACAAAUGCGUCGCUUUCUCAACACCGGCAAGAUUGAGGAAUACCUUGCGGUGAACAUUAAGGGAACGCUUCCGCCCUCGCAGCAAAGCAUUUACGCCUAUUAG